UUCAGAGGUUCCCUUGGAGUGAAUCAAUGGCGACGGCGACGGCGACGGCGACGGCGAAUGGUCAGAGCUCACGCGCUCUGCUUCCAUGGCUGAACCUAAUGGCGACGGAGCCCUUUUACAUUCUCCACAUCGCGGCCUUCUCGUCCUACUUCGCCGCUCGCGCCUCCGCUUCGCCUGAUGUCUCCCACCGUCUCCUCCAAAGGGAGAUUCAAGCGAUCCUUGCCUUCUCAGUGCUGGCUGUGGUGAAGAUGGUCAAAGAGGAGACAUGGGAAGCUUUCAUUGCUGAUACAUUUUUAUAUGCCAAGGGCUUUCUUUUCGCUCUUGCUAUGGUGAUCAACCAUAAUGUGGCAAUUUGUUACCUAGUGAGUUUUCUAGUUAUUUUUGUUUUAACUCAACAACCACCAUAUGAUGGUGCAGGUGAUGCAAGUCAAAUGACUCCUUUGCAGCUGGAAACUGUAUUGACUGAAGGGACUAUAUCAAGAUUUUGGCUGAUUGAAUUUCGAUCUGCGUGCUCUCCAUCUUGUAUACGGACAAGUCGCGUAUUUCAUGAUCUAUCCACCAUAUACUCUAACAAAAGCAUAUCUUUUGGGAUUGUUGAUCUUGGGCACUUCCCAGGCGUUGCAGAAAAAAUUGGAAUACAAUUAGGUCAGCUUCCUACUUAUAUAUUAUUUGAUAAUGCUGUGGAAGUUGCUCGAUUUCCAUUUUUAUAUAGUGAAGGGAAAGGUUCGACUCCAACCAUCAGCAAGAGUACUCUUUGUCGUCAUUUCGAUCUAGACCGACGUCUCAUCGAAUAUAUAUCAGGAAAAUAGAUCAACUGACAGUGUGAAUUUAUCUUUUUACAUUUGCUUCCAGUUUAUUUUAUGUAAUCUUUUGUGAUGUAUUUUUUUUUAAAUUUUUUUAUUUGUAUAUUAUUCUCUACGCAUGAUUUGAGAUGGACUGAUGUCAUCUUAUUUUGUA